GCGCGGGCGGGGCCUGCUCUGGCCUGUUCAGGAGCCGCACCCGAGCCGGGCCGAGCUGAACUGAGCUGCGCAGCUUCGUUGUGCACCGGGCGAAGGUAAUCCAGAGUCCACAAGAUGGCUGUCCUCUCUAAGGAAUAUGGCUUCGUGAUUCUAACUGGUGCUGCCAGUUUUGUGAUGGUACUCCAUCUAGCCAUCAAUGUUGGCAAGGCCCGCAAGAAGUAUAAGGUGGAGUAUCCUGUCAUGUACAGCACAGACCCUGAAAAUGGGCACCUUUUCAACUGCAUUCAGAGAGCCCACCAGAACACGUUGGAAGUGUAUCCUCCCUUCCUAUUUUUUCUAGCUGUUGGAGGUGUUUACCACCCGCGCAUAGCUUCUGGCUUGGGCCUGGCCUGGAUUGUUGGGCGAGUCCUUUAUGCCUAUGGCUACUACACAGGAGAUCCUAGCAAGAGGAAUCGAGGAGCUGUGGGGUCUCUCGCCCUUAUCGCCUUGAUGGGCACAACCGUGUGCUCUGCCUUCCAGCACCUUGGAUGGGUUAAAACCGGCCUGGGCAGUGGGUCCAAAUGCUGCACUCACAAUUUACAGGGGCUUCAAAACCCUCGCUCAUUUUAAAUGACUUACCUUUAUGUUCAGUUUUUUUUUCUAAAUAUAAUAAAAACUUAACUGGCAUUGGCCUCAUACCUAAA